AUGGAAGGAGGUGGGUCAGGUAACAAUUCAACACCUACAAUUGAUAAAACAAGAGUUUUGGAUGUGAAACCACUGCGUACUUUAGCACCAGUGUUUCCUUCAAGCUCCGAAGCACCUCCAUUUGUAUCUGCACCUCCUUUUGGGCCUUACCCAUCUGGGUUUACACCAUUUUAUCCUUUUAGUGCACCACAUGGUUCCCAAGCAGCAACACCUGACCUUAACCAACAGACACACACCACUCCUGCAGCUCCCCUUCGCUCUUUUCGAGCUUCGGAGUCUAAUGGGGAUGCUUUCAAUGGAGAAGCUGGGUCCUUUUAUAGUAGCAAGGGCUCCGCUAAGCGGACACCCAAGUCUUCUUCGCAGAAAAGACCAAGGAAGAGCCAAGAUUUGGAUUUUACUUUGGCUGUUGAUGAUAAUAAUUUCGUUGUAGGAGUUAGUUUGUCUGAAAGGGAAGAUGGUAAUAGGGAAGUGGUUCAUAGUAUACAUAUGAGGUUUGAUGCACUUAGGAGAAGGCUUAGUCAAUUAGAAGAUGCUAAGGAAUCGCCUGCUGGGAUUAUUAGGCGGGCGGAUCUGAAAGCAGCAAAUAUUUUGAUGACCAAACAGGUGCGGACAAAUAUGAGGAAGAGAAUUGGAGCAGUUCCUGGAGUUGAGAUAGGGGAUAUUUUCUUUUUCCGAAUGGAGAUGUGCUUGUUGGGACUGCAUGCUCCAUCCAUGGCUGGGAUUGACUACAUGUUUGUAAGGAAUGAUUUAGAGGAAGAACCGCUGGCUGUAAGUAUCGUUUCGUCUGGUUAUUAUGAUGAUGAUGCGGAGGAUAAGGAUGUUUUGAUAUAUAGUGGGCAGGGUGGGGCUGCCAACAAAGAUAAAGGAGCAACUGAUCAGAAGCUUGAGAGGGGUAACCUUGCAUUAGAGAGGAGUUUGCGCCGGGGUAAUGAAGUGAGAGUCAUUCGGGGUAUGAAAGACUCUGUUAAUCAAUUGGCAAAGGUCUAUGUUUAUGAUGGCCUGUAUACGAUUCAGGAGUCGUGGGUGGAGAAGGCGAAAUCUGGUUGCAAUAUAUUCAAGUAUAAGUUGGUUAGGAUUCCAGGGCAGCCAGAUGCUUUUGGUGUUUGGAAAUCAAUUGAAAAAUGGAAGGAAGGGCUUUCCUCUAGGGCUGGACUAAUUCUUCCAGACCUCACUUCAGGGGCUGAAAGCAUGGCUGUUUCACUUGUAAAUGAUGUUGAUGAAGAGAAGGGGCCUGCUUACUUCACAUAUGUCUCCACUGUCAAGUAUUCUAAAUCUUUUAAAUUAACACAGCCUGCUUAUGAGUGCAACUGUCGAAAUGCAUGCCAACCAGGCAAUUUGAACUGCUCCUGCAUUAGGAAAAAUGAAGGUAACUUCCCAUACACUGCUAAUGGGGUUCUAGUCUGCCGGGCUCCAAUGAUACAUGAAUGUGGUCCCACAUGUCCAUGCUUUCCUAAUUGCAAAAACCGGAUGUCGCAGACUGGCUUAAAAGUUCAUUUGGAAGUGUUCAAAACGAAGGACAGAGGUUGGGGCCUGCGGUCAUGGGAUCCUAUUCGUGCUGGUACUUUUAUCUGUGAAUAUGCUGGUGAAGUGAUAGAAAAAGUUAGCCAGGGUGGAGAAGAAGGUGAAGGUGAUGAUUAUGUGUUUGAUACCUCCCGUGUGUAUGAAGCUUUCAAGUGGAAUUAUGAACCUGGUUUAGUAGAGGAGGAUGUUUCUAUUGAAGCUAUUGAGGAACCCAAUGUCCCAUCUCUCUUAGUCAUAAGUUCAAAGAAUGUUGGAAAUGUAGCUCGAUUCAUGAACCACAGUUGUUAUCCAAAUGUCUUCUGGCAGCCAAUUAUGUAUGAACACAACAGUGAAUCUUUUAUACAUAUUGCCUUUUUUGCAAUGAGACACAUUCCCCCUAUGACAGAGUUGACUUACGAUUAUGGAAAAUCUCGCUCGGCUGAGGCUGGAGCUGAUGGUGGCAGCGCACCUCGUGGAAGAAGGAAAUGUUUAUGUGGAGCACCGAAUUGCCGGGGCUACUUUGGUUGA